CCCAGUUGCAGUCGCUAUUGGUCACGUAGCGAGAGGGCAAAGGGGGAAAUGACGCUGAGUUUCAGUGAGCUGCUGCAAUACAGCAUCAAUUAAGCUCAGCUCCGCCGGUGCUGGGUCGCAGCUUCAGCCCGGGAGCCGCCGUGACCACAUCACAUCACAUCGGACCGGACCGGGAGCCAGGCAGCGCGCUUGACCAUGGGGCAGAUCGAGUGGGCAAUGUGGGCAAACGAGCAGGCGCUGGCCGCCGGCCUCAUUCUGGUGAUCGGCGGUGUGGUAGGAGUGGCCGGCCAGUUUAAAGGCUGGCAGUUUGCAGCGUAUGGCAUUGCGGCAGGAGUUUUUAUAAUGCUGCUGGAAUAUCCAAGAGGGAAGAGGAGGAAGGGCACGACUUUGGAGAGACCGGGACAAAGCUACCUGGCAGCUGUUGUGAAAUUGUUUGGUCCCUUGACCCGGAACUACUAUGUCCGAGCUGUUCUCCACGCAUGCCUUGCUGUACCUGGAGGAUUUAUGUUAGCCACCGUUCUGGGCACCGUAAACCUGGGCAUUGCCAGCAUCAUUUAUCUACUGGCUGCCGUGCGGAAAGAGGAAUGGAGCCCCAUACAGGAACAACAGUCUAAGGGUCGGCAGCCAGGUAAAAGUAUCCAUCAGCCUCCCACAAACCCUCCGCCACGACCACCUGCUGAGCGGCGAAGGAAACCAGAGGAUGAUGUAGCAACUGAAGACACCGCAACUACCAAUUGAGACCCGUGCCAUCAAUGGAGUCACUACUGUAACACUAUCCUCUUUUUUUUAAGCAAAGAUCUUAUUCCAAGGCAUUGUAGGUUUUAAGAGUCACACAAGCUCAAAUUGUGAUGGAAAGAAAUGUUAAAAGAUUUUUCAGCUAUGCUUUUUUUUCACUUGAAGUGAUGUGUUACAGUAAGAUGUAAUCUGUGUUCUUGUUCAUCAACUGUUACUGUUUGUAGGAUAUCGUUGCCAAAAGCUUUCCUAUUGUUUUUUUUUCUAGAAUUUGUACUUACAGAUAUUCUUACAGUACUUUGGGUCAGUUCUAAACUAUUAAUAAAACACGUGAUUCAUAGAUGUGAAUCUUUCAUGUA